UGUCGGUUCCGCGGGCCGCCACGCCGGGCCCUGGCGGCGGGGCUAGGAAGAUGGAGCUGGAGCUGGAGCUGGGGAGCAGCACGCAGACGUCGCACCGGCUGCUGGCCUACAGCGACGCGCUGCUGUCCAUCAUCGCCACGGUGAUGAUUUUGCCUGUGGCUCACACAAAAAUACAUCCCGAUCAGAAACUAGGUGAAAGUGUUCAGCAACUUCUUCUAACAAAAAUUGCGGUGUACUUGAUGACCUUCUUAAUAGUCACAGUGGCAUGGGCAGCACAUGUAAGGUUAUUCCAGGUGAUAGAGCUUAUAGAUGAUGUCCUUGCUCUUCUAAAUCUGGCCUGUAUGAUGAUCAUAACUUUCUUGCCAUACACAUUUUCCUUAAUGGCCUCGUUUCCAGGGGUGCCUUUUGGAAUUUUCCUGUUCAGUGUCUGUGCUGUUGUCAUUGGCCUUAUACAGGCUGUGAUAGUAGUGUAUGGAUUCUAUCACCCACACUUAUUGAAUCAGCAGAUACAGGUGUCUGAAAAUCAGAACUUCUAUAAACGUCACAUCCUAAAGAUUAUCCUAAGAGGACCAGUUUUAUGCUUUUUAGCAGCCAUCUUUUCUUUUUUCUUUAUUCCCUUGUCUUACCUACUUCUUGGGCUCGUAAUCGUUUUUCCACAUCUCAGUCGAUUCAUAACAUGGUGUAAAACCAAGAUUGUAGGUCCCAGAGAUGAAGAGGAGGCAAGCUAUAGCUUAGAAACCUUUAGUUUUUACCUCAGUGAGCCUCUGAGUAAGGAACGGGUAGAAGCAUUCAGUGAUGGAGUCUAUGCUAUUGUAGCAACCUUGCUCAUUUUGGAUAUCUGUGAAGACAACGUUCCUGAUCCAAGAGAAGUUGGGGAGAAGUUUCAUGGAAGCCUUCUUGAAGCUUUAAGUGAAUACGGACCAAACUAUCUUGCCUACUUUGGUUCUUUUGUGACAAUUGGUCUCUUGUGGUUUGUCCAUCACUCGCUUUUCCUGUAUGUAACAAAAGCUACACGAUUAAUGGGACUGCUUAAUAUACUUUCGUUGGCUUUCAUUGGUGGUCUUCCGCUGGCUUACCAGCUGACCAGUGAAUUUGCAGAGAAGUCACACAAUGAGAUAGAAGCUAUUCAGGUCAGCUGUGUAAUUACUUUCUUUGCCAGCAUAUUUCAGUUUGCAAUAUGGACUACAGCUCUCCUCCAUGAAAGGGAAACAUUGCAUCCUUUUGCUAGAUAUGGUGGCAAGGAGCAUGCCUUCAUGUUUGCCAAGCUGGCUCUCUACCCUUGUGUGAGCCUUGGGGCCUUCUUUCUAACAUGCUUGUUAAGUGAAUUUAGCACAGAAAUUUUCCAUCUUAUGCAGAUUGUAAUCCCAUUUGCUUUUCUUGCCUUGCGCAUUUUUGUCAGGAUUUCUUUAACUGUCAUAAAGUCUGUGAUGUCUCUUUCCAGACGGAAGGUUGUAUUGUUAGAAGAAGAGGAGGCAUGUUUGUCUCCUACUGAAACACACUCAUAAAUUUCCAUGCAGUGCAUGUGAAGUUAAAUCAUUAAUUUCAGUUCUUCUAACUCAUGUUGUCUUGAUGUGUGAUCUGUAUAUUGAUCUAAAUUAAAGCUUGUGUUGACCAUAA